UUGUACGGUGGCAACUUGAAUAGCCGUCGAGUCGUGUUUCAUACAUGAUGUUUUUAUCUUUCUACAACUGCCCGGCAAAAAUUAUUCAUGAAAUUAAAAUUGCUGAAAGAGUCUUCCUGUGUUUUCCAUUCAAUUUCGACUUCUCGAGUCCAGCAUUUCGUUGAAGAAAAUCAACAAUUGCUUGACUAUCGUCGGAUUUGAACUCGCGGCAGCUAGUUGUCUCUAACGAACUCGUGCGAUUUAUAGCACGGUCAAAGGCUCUGAACUAGUACCCUGCCCUGUUGAAAAUGUCUAUGAGUGGAUACACAUGUAUACGUUUAGUUUUUUGCUGGGUGAACGUCCUUUUUUGGAUCUCAGGAUGUGGUCUACUCGGCGUGGGACUCUGGCUCAGGAUAGCAUACGAGGGAUAUGCGUCGUUGCUUCCCCAGUAUGCGCUGUUGAGUGUUGAUUCCCUGGCCAUAGCAUUCGGAACGAUAACAUUUGUGUUCUCUUUUUUUGCAUGCUGCGGUUCCUGGUUCCAAAACAGGUGCAUGCUUAUAACGUAUUUCACACUCGUGGUUUUGAUGUUUCUGGCAGAAUUCAUCCUCGGAUCCCUUGCGUUUGUUUUUAGAGACGGUUUGAGACACACGCUACGUGAGGAGCUCCAGAACGGUCUUAUGCAUCACUACAAUAUGACAUCGAAUGGCCCGAACAGUUUGGUGCAGAUCUGGGAUAAUAUCCAAAUCAAGUUCGGUUGUUGCGGUGUCAGAAACUAUGAAGACUGGUACAUGAUUGAUGCAUGGCCGGACCACAAAUGGGUUCCGGAUUCUUGCUGUUUCCCGGCGAAUUAUGAUCAGAAUUGUGGGAAAGUUUGGGGUGCCGAAGUUUACACACAAGGUUGUUAUGCCCAAAUCAAUAAUUUCUUCAUCAGGCGAUUGGAUAUCAUAGGAUUCGUUGGUAUCCUAGUGGCUUUUUUUCAGCUCUACGGACUGAUAUCGUCGAUGAUCCUUUUCUGUACAGUGAAGUAUAAAAGAACAUCAAGGACUUACAAAUCUUAUUCAUAACGUUAUAUGAAAUUCCUAUAAUACAAUCCUCGCCAAAUUGUUUCAUAGUAGAUGUAGAUUCAAUGAAUGUAGUAGGUAUUACACGGGUUUCGAUAAACUAAAAAUCAAGUUCACAUUCACUGAAGUGAACCGCCUGGACACUCUCGUCCCAAGAUGAAUAAAUAAUUAUUUUGAAACACCGGUGUCCGUAUCAUUUGGUAACAUUUAUGUUAAUUUUCAUAAAUUUCUGCCAAGCUUCUGAUGUAGAAGAUGUAAUGAAUGUACCUAAGUAUGUAUGAGGUAAUUGCUACAGCUACCAUUUUGUUUAGUAUUCAUUUAGGACAAUAUCGUGAAUUCCUGCAAUAAAUUUUUUUAUUAAUAUAAUCAUGAAAAAUGUGUAACAAAAUAUUUUAUAUUUCCUGUACUCCAUAGAAAUGACGUUUUAAUGAAAUUCCUCAUCAUAAUGUCAACUGAAAUAUAGUAAAAUAUCAAAUAUAUUUUUUGAGUCACACAAAUUUUGUGAAAAAUGUACUUGGCAGAUUUCCACAAGUGAUAUUUCACACAUGUAGUAUGUACCUUGGAGAAAAGUGAUAUUAUUAAAUGUAGGAGAGAAGUGUAUUUAAUGUAUUUAUUUGAUUCAUACAACCGAUCAUGUCUUGAUGUAUUUCUAAUUCAUGAAACUGUGAAAAUAUAUAGACGCAUGUACACAAUACCUUGGUUUUGUGAGGAAUUGACCAUUUUUCUGACAAAAAAAUACUUAUCAAUAAAUAGUAAAAUACGAAAUUACUGUAUAGGUGUACAUUCAUUUAUAACUGAAGAUGAUCUGAUUUGAAACUGUUUCUUAUUAGUAUCUAGGUAUAUUAAGUAAUGUAAAUAAUCCAAAUAAGAAUUUAUAUUGAUGUUGAUCAUGUUAAUGUAUAAACGAAUAAAAUUGUUUCAA